UUAAGUGCCAUUCGUCUGAUUAGCAAAGGUUUUUAAACAAAAAUGAGCUUAGAAUCAAUAAAGUACAAGAGAGGUAGUCUGGAAGUCUUAGACCAACUACUACUGCCAUUGCAGACGAGAUAUGUGAAGGUUGACGGCGUGGAGGAUGGAUGGAAAGUAAUAAAUAAAAUGCAGGUGAGAGGGGCGCCUGCCAUUGCGAUUGUGGGAUGCUUAUCACUCGCCGUUGAAUUACUGAAGGACAACUCGUCUGACAAAAAAAUCAUGAGACAGGAGAUUGAAGGCAAACUCAAUUACUUGGUGUCCGCACGACCAACUGCGGUGAACAUUAAACUCGCAGCGGACGAGCUCAUAAAUUUAGCGAAUACUCUAUGCGCUGGUGAAAAUGUGUCACCUACGGAAUUCAAAGACAGAUUCAUCAGCAACAUAGAGAAUAUGUUGACCAAAGAUAUAGAAGACAAUAAGGCGAUAGGCAGACAUGGUUGUGAAGUUAUUCUAAAGAGAUUGGAAGGCGACGGCCUAGUGCGGAUCUUGACGCAUUGCAACACCGGGUCUUUGGCCACAGCCGGCUAUGGUACUGCACUCGGCGUGACAAGAGCCCUUCAUGAGAGCAAAAGACUUGAGCACGUAUACUGCACAGAGACCCGUCCAUAUAACCAAGGUGCCCGACUGACAGCGUACGAACUUGUUCACGAGAAGAUUCCAGCUACCCUUAUAGUUGAUAGCAUGGUAUCUGCCCUUAUGCGGACUAGGAAAAUUACUGCCGUCGUCGUUGGUGCCGAUAGGGUAGCAGCAAACGGCGACACGGCCAACAAGAUUGGAACGUAUCAGAUAGCCAUUGUUGCAAAAUACCAUGAAGUGCCUUUCUACGUAGCUGCGCCUCUUACUUCGAUAGACAUGUCCCUUACUUCGGGAGAGAAGAUAAAGAUUGAGGAGAGACCAGACAGAGAGAUGACGCACAUAGGGGAACAUCGAAUUGCUGCUCCAGGUAUUAACUGCUGGAACCCAUCAUUCGACGUCACUCCAGCGAGUUUGAUUACGGGAAUCAUUACUGAAAAGGGAGUGUUCGCACCCAAUAAAUUAGCAGAAGUAAUCCCCCAGUACCAAAAUAAAUGUAGUACAAAUUAAUGUAAGAUAAUUGAAAAUUAAUCUUCCUUGGAUAGUCAGAGAAAUUUGUUGUUGACAUUGUCGUAUUUUUUUACAAACCUCUCUAAAAGGAACGGUCACUCCGAAUCUGCGAUAGCUCAGUAAUAAAAAUAAAUAAUGCACCGCACUAGGAAGACCCUGUAUCGCGGGUGCCAUGGACAGAAAUAAUACAAUACAAUACAUACAAUACAAAUAUUUCUCCCGGCCCGAGAAUCGAACCCGAGACGUCUGCAUGGCAGCCCAGCAUGCCAUGCAGACCAUGCCAUGAGGCAGUCAUUGAUCAAAUUAUUGCUAGCACGGGGUUCAGCGCUAGACACGGAUUAGAACCAGUCCUUUUCAGAUGUCAAAAAGCAAGGUAUAACUAUUUUUUUUACAUAAAUCGCGUUUUAGGUAUAUUUCGUCGACUAAAUUCAAAAACCUCGUUUAACGAGUCCUUUUGAAUGUGCACAAAAAUAGAAUUACUAGAAUUAAUUAUAUAACAAUCUAUGAUUUUACCUUUAUAACUAAAAGAAGGUGUACAAAUUAUAUUUUAAGCUUUAAUUGUCCGAUAUUACACGUGAAGAGUAAAAAAAAUAAACGUCCGUGACAGAUAGUUAACUGCCUCCAGUGAACGGUUACCAUGCUGGACUGCGUUCGAUUCCCAGGCCGCGAAAAAUAUUUGUAUGGCCUGUAUUUAUUUCUCUCGUGAGUUUUGAGUGUAAUUUGUGGU